ACUGCACUCUGCAAACAGAAGGAGAUGGUGUUAAAUGACAGAAUCAUGUUGUACGAAGUCUGUUGGCUCAUCUGCGUAGUUCUACUGUUCACAGGGAAUCUGGCCUCCUACGUGGAGCAGUCUCCAUCCACCGUUUCGGUUACAGAAGGGGACUUGGUAACAAUCAAAUGCAUGCUGAAGAAUACCGAUUACAGAUCUAUGUACUGGUACAGACAGAAACCAGAACAGGCCAUAGAAGCUUUAUUCUACUCUGCUAGAACAGGAGCUGUUACAAAUUACACAUCCGAGCCUUACCAGGCUGAAAGAGCCAGUGAAACGCAGUUUAGUUUGGAACUGAGAGACGCCUCUCCAUCUCACGCGGCUGUCUAUUAUUGCGCGUGUAGCAGCACAACGUUUGAGGACGUGUCUUGGUCGCUACAAAAACCUGCAUCCAAUCCCAGUGGAGUUCAUUUCGCAUUCUCCACCAACAGAUGGGGCCAGACGAUUGUAUUCACGAUCUCUACUGUUGUUCCUGAUGACGCUUCCGCAGACAUGGCCGUUUUUGCGGAAGCUACUGCCUCCUCAAACUCCCCGGUGCUCCAGGAACAUGCCCGGGCCGGAUCCUCUCAAAAGCCGAGCCGAGACUUCGCCAUGAAUCGCCGAGAUACCACGAUAAGAGCCACCAAGACCAAACUGGGACCUGCCACGAGCCGCUGA